AUGGCUGUAUGGGCUUUAGGUAAUGUUGGUGGUGACCCUUCAAAGUGCCGUGAUCUGGUGAUUGGCCACAGUGGGCUAUUCGUCUUGCUGCAGCAGCUUAAUAAGCUUGCUAAUCUCUCAAUGCUGAGGAAUGCCACAUGGACUCUCUCCAACUUCUGCCGGGGGAAGCCACAACCAAAACUUUGA